AUGACACAACACAAUAGGAAGGCAGUUAUCUCAAUAAAAGGAAAAUAUGUAUCAUCAAAUAAAAACAGGAAAAGGAAAGAAUCGAUGAUAAUUUCAUUUAAUAGUGAGGAAUGGAAGUGUAGGAAGAUUGGUAUGUGUGUUAAUUUUUCAUUUCUAGCUAUUUUCAAUAUUGUGUUGCUAACUUUGAUGGUCUUCUUUGUGCAACAGGAAAAAAUAUUAAAUGAAGAAUCUCUUAGAAGUAUACAAGAAAGAUGUCAAAAGUAUGAGUCGAGACAAUUAGCAGAAUUAGAAUCUAGAAGAAUGAAAAAUGAGGAAGGUGAUGAUGAUGGAGAUGAUGAAAAUGAUGAAGAUGAAGAACAAGCUUGUUGUAGUGGUGGCACUAGCAGUAAAAGAAGAAGGAAAUAUAAGAAUAUCGAUGUAAGUAUGAAAGAACCUUAUAGAUUAAAUAAUGGACAAGCAGAGAAUUACGGUAUUUUUAAACCAAUUGAUUAUGUUAAGAAUGAUACAGAACCACGAUAUGAACUACCUGACUAUGAUACAAUUAAAGAAAGAGAAAGAAAACAAAAAGAAGAAUUUAAUAGUGUUCCAUAUGAAGUAAAUGAUCAUGAUUUUUUGCGAAAUGUAUCUGAAGAUAGUGUUAAUGAAAGAAUAGAAAGACUAGGAGAAAAUGUAGAUGUAAAGGAAAUGUUUGUUAUAUGGAAUUAUGUAAACGGUUUUGAAAGAAUUAAAUAUAUUAACAUGCAGAAAAAUAUAAUUGAAUACUGUGAAAAUCUCACUUAUACUUAUAAUGUACCCAGAAAAAAAAAAACAGAACAGUGGAUUAAGGUUUACCACUACAUGAAAGAUCACUUAUUCUAUAAGGAGAGGAGUCUACAUAAAAAGUUAUACAAUUUUCUAGAGCACGGAGCAUGUCCCAAGAAAUUGUUUAUCGAAUUUAUUAAUCAGACUAAAAAUUCGUGGAGAAAUUUUAGGAGAGACGUGAACAGCGUCUGCAUGAAUAUGUUGAAUUCAAACUUAACUUGA